CACCUGGCAGCGAGACUCCAGCCGUUUUCCGAACCCUAAUCCAUCCACUCCUCACCCCCUUCAAGCCGCCGCCGCCGCCGCCGCCGCCGCCGCCGCCCCACGGCCGGUGAGACCGCCAGGCCGGAAGCCGCGCCUCCUCGCCGCCCGUCCUCGGCUCCGCGCCUCCUCGCCGCCCGUCCUCGGCUCCGCGCCGGUCUUCGUCGCCGUCCUCGACUGCUCGUGCUCCGGACUCACGGCCCUUGUUUUGCUUUUCCUCUAAUCCCUGGUGAUGGCGAUAGCGCCGUCGCUGGAGUGGCCGGUGGAGACGGUUCGUGAGACGUUUUUCUCCUAUUUCGGGGAAAAUCAGCACGCGCGGUUGUCAUCGACCCCGGUGAUCCCCGUCGAUGACCCCAAGUUGCCCCUCAUUCAUAUGUGCCUGAACCGGUUCAAGGGGACCCUUAAUGGCAGAGGGAGGCAUCGCACCUGCUUUUCGCUGAGGUGCAUUAUUGCCAGUGGUGACGAUGACGUGAUUGAUCACUUCAGAAGCGACACGACUUACCAUCGAUUCACGGAAAUCCUUGGGAGUUGGUCUUUUGGGGACUACUUCAAGGAGGAAGCUAUCGGGUUGUCAUUCAGUCUUCUCAGCAAGAAAUACAAGUUACCUCAAUGUAGAAUAUAUGCCACAUACUUUAGUGGUGAUAUGUCCUCUUGUUUGAGUUCAGACAGCGAGUCAAAAAAUACAUUGCAGAAAUAUAUAGGGGAAGAAAGAAUCGUGCCUUCCAUGUCCAAGGCUGAUUUUUGGAUGACCGGUGAAACUGGUCCCUGUGGGCCAUGUAUUGGAUUUUUCUUUGAUUGUUCGGACAGCCAAGAUGGUGUUGGUUCCGUAAUGAACAUAACGGAUGACAAAUUUGUUGAAAUAUGCCGUCUUGUGUUUGUCGAGUUCGAUAGGCAAGCAAAUGGCGUCUUGGGGCCUUUGCAAGCUAAGCAUGUCGUAACAGGGAUUAAUCUUGAAUGUUUAGCUGCCAUUCUUCAAAAUAAAAAAAGUCACUAUGACUUAGAUGUCUACGCUGACGUACUUUCUAAAAUCUACUAUUGUGCUGGUCAAGGAAUUGAGGACUACUCUGGUAAAAUUGGUGCAGCUGAUACAGAUGGAGUUGAUACGGCAUACCGCCUCCUUGCAGAUCACAUAAGAAUGAUCGCUGUUACUAAUGCUCCUGGUUCUCAGCUUGGGUUAGGAAAUGAAGGUCGCGAGUAUUUCCUGAAGUGUGCCGAUAAACAGGCUGUGCAAUAUGGCCACGAAGUACUCAAGACAAAGCAAGAGAAUUACGAUGUUAUUCUUUAUGGAAUUCUUCAAAAUGAACCUGAUUUAUGUACCGAGCUUGAAGGGACAAUAAUGGAGAGAAUAGUCGAAGAUGAAGUGUUGAUCUACAAAAAAACCAUAGCGGAGUUACGGGAUCAGGAACAGCCAUAUGAUAUGGGGAAAAAGAAGAAAAAGAAGAAAGAUGUCACUGCUGUUGUGUGGUAUGCAACAAGGGUCAUUGAAUUUCUAGGUCGGAGCACACCCAUUAUCCUCAAGAAUAAGGAUACACGCUGCUCCCUAGUAGCACUAUGCAAUGUUCUCCUGCUUGCAGAGAAGAUAACUCUCAAUUUAGAUAUCAAGAAGGUGUCAGAGGGCCAUCUCAUCUAUCUUGUCCAGCGUUAUCUUUUGUAUGGCAAUACACAAAUGCAGUUGGAACAGAACUUGGAACUAUCAGAGUUCAAUAAACAAGUUCUUGGUGUAUUGCCGAAGCUUCCAGGCAGUUUAUACUUUGAUGUGACAUUUGCUAGCUCUUGUGGCUUUGAGCAGAGCUCAGAAACUGCACUAUUUGGUUUUCUUGGUGUCCCUCUACACCAUGGCUGGUUGGUUGAUCCCCAGGAUGUUGAAUUGGGCUCCUCAAUACCUAGAAGCUCCUACUCCAAACUUUCAUAUAAUCUUGCUAUGUAUGAAUCGAUUCUAUCCAACACAAAUUCAGGGCUUCAAAAGCAUGGUGGAUGUAAAGAUGACAUGUUCUAUUCAGCACUUGCGUUCUCUUUAACUGAAUCAGAAGAACUUGAAUCUACUUCUUGUGCAAUGAUCUCAACCUUUUUGCGGGGCCCUCAGCUAACCCCAUAUGGAUUCUCUUCAUUACAUGAUGACCUCAAAGCGAGACAGCCCACUGUCCUGCUUUGGAAUGAAAAGUUAAUUACAAUAUCUAAGUUUGAAGAGAAAAUAUAUGUGUUGCUGAACGAUUUGUCUUUGUUAAGUACUGAAACCAAUGCGGUGUGGGAAAGGUUAACACAGGAAAAUGGUGAUGGAUUGUUUGUUGAUUGUGACUUUGUGCCUACAGAUUCAAAGAUUCAAUCAAUACUGCCACUAACGAAAAGCGAAAGAAAGAAGAGGAAUAAAAAAGAGAAGAUGGGUCUGAAGGGGCUCUUAGUACCCAAGGAGAAAGAGGAGGAUAGGAACGAAGACAGAGAGGAGGAUAGGAACGAGGACAGAGAUUAUGAGAAGACUGAGGAGAAAGAUGAUUGGAGUAUCGAGGAGAAAGCAAAUAUAUCUGGCAUGCAUGGCAACUUGAAUAUAAGGCCUAUUGAUUUUUUCGGACGAUCUACCCAUGUUAUCCACCAGAUAAAUGAUGGCCCAUGCGCCCUUAUUGCAGUCUGCAAUGUUCUACUGCUCAAGGGGAGCAUCUUUUUUGAACCACAUGAAACUGUGGUAUCAAUAGAAUAUCUACUGAACCUUGUCGUCUCUUUUCUUAAAGAAAGUGUGAAAAUGCAGGCCCAUUGUUCUGAAAUACAAAGAAAGAUAUGGGAUGUGGUGCAGACACUGGCCACCGGAUUUGAUGUGGACGUUGUCUUCACCAGAACAGAUGGUUUUACGAUGACACCAGAGUGUUUGCUCCUUGAUUGCUUAGAUCUCAAUCUUCGACACGGUUGGAUUGCUCCUACGGAUUUGUUGCCUGGACCCGAAGUUUCAUUUGAAAGUCUUACACUGGUGGCAAAUGAACCUGGUUUUCCACAUUCGGAGGCGAUCAAGAAGUUUCUAAGGGGACCUCAACUUACUCUCAUUGGCUUGGUUUCCCUACAAGAAGACCUUGUUGAAAAUGUUCCAUACAUUCUGUACUGGAACAAUCAUUACAAUACUAUAGUUAAGAUUAAUGGAGUAUUACUUUCUUUAGUCACUGAUUCAAACUAUUUAAGAACUAGUGCAGUUUGGCAGAUGCUUCAUGAGGUCAAUGGUGACGGAGUAUAUUUGGACAGCAACUUCACACCAAUUUAUACGGGGCUUGAUGCUGCUCCUUCGGGUUCUUACUUUGUUCCUGAAACAAGUACCUCCGAAGCAUCUACCUCAUUCAUGAAGCCAGAUUCGGAAGGCAUUACAUCACAUGGUGAUGGAUUAUAUUUGGACUGCAGCUUUACAGGAUUGUAUUCAGGACCCGAUGCAGCUCUUUUGAGAGAGAAUCUUCAUGGCUCUCACUUUGUUCCUAAAACAUGGACUCCAAGAUCAUGUACCUAUUCCAUGAGACCAUAUACAGAAGAGGAUAUAUCACAUGAAAAGUCUGUGCCUGGUUGUCAAAUUGUUCCUGAAACAAGGGAAAUAUCACUCGAGGAGUUUGUUCAAAUACCUGGUAAUGAGUUCUCUGAGUUAAAAACUAUAUUUGCUGGUGGCACUUCCUUAGAUGUUGCUGAUACCACGAAGAUUGGGAGAGUUAUUGGAUUGGAUUUACUGGAAGAACUUGUUUUUUCUCAUGAUGCGGGGUUAAGUUGGAACGGGAACUUUGACUUGAGCACCAUUUUUAUCACUGAUGGAGUCCGUGCAGAAAUACGUGCACCGUAUUGUAGCAAAUUCUGUGAAAAGGCAAGAUUGAAUGACUACAGCAGUUACAUUUAUACGAUUGUUGAGCUAUUUCGGAUAAAAGGAUUUGGUCUGCCAGCAUUUUUUACCCAUUUGACCGGUAAGCUGUCAAACCCUCCUGUCAGACCUUCAGUGUGUACCCCAUCUCAACUGGAGGGGUUCCGACAUCGACUUCAUGGUUUCUGGGAUUGUGUAUUGACCACUCUGGCGCUGAGGUCCUCAUUGGCGAGAGCUGGAUUAUUUUCUGGAAUACAUAAGAUACGCCGCUUCGCGCCAAAGAAAGUGAGACAACCUCUAAAAGUUGUAUUGACAAGUCCUCAGACCCUUGGAGAAGAUUGGAGACAGCGAAUUGCUUUAGAAGGACAUCCAGUCCUCAAAAAGGUUUUACGGUACAUACCUGGUGUUUUAGAUGGAAGCAAUGAAAAGCUUCAGGAGAAUGAAGAUGAUCAUAGGAAGUUUGGGAUUUAUCAAUCUGAUGAUGUUAGCUUGUCUGUUUUUCCAAGACAAGUAAACGAACAUGGAAAGUCUAAGGGGGGUCUGGGACAGGAAUGGCAACAAGAGGGGAAAGAACCUUUUAACAAACUUUCAGAGUUGGAUCUUCUAACCUCUCAUUAUCUCGAAGACCGACUUCCUAUUAUCUUGGAAAAAUUGCUAUGCUCUGAUCAUCUUAUGACAGCUAAAUUGUGGGAAUGGUUGAAAGAGGUCCUGGAGGAUUACACCCGACCAGAAGUCCUUGGUCGUGGAACCUGGGACCUCCGCCGCCGUGUUUUCAGAAACCAUGGUCAUGAAACCUGGAACCUCCACCGCCGUGUCCGCUGCCGUGAUUUCGGACGUGGUCGUGGUCGUGGUCGUGCCCGUGGUUUCGGACACCGUGGUCGUGGUCGUGCCCGUGGUUUCGGAGCAGCUCCUGUGAAGUAUCGAUUGUAGACGUGUUAUAUAGCAUUGUUAGCACGAGAUAUGGAGUGUGAUCGUCCGCAUAUAUUCAUAGUGUAUGUAACCGGCGAACUGUGGUGAUCACUAUCACUGAGACAGGUGAGCUGUCCUGACCCUGAUGCAAAUUCUCCUCGUGUAUGAAUUCCCAAUCGCUGAAAAUCUGUGUAAAAUCUACCCUGUUCAGAUUUCUUAUGUCCUCUUUGUUUACCAUUA